AUUGCGAAGUAAAGAGUGAGUGCUGAAUGUUGCAAUAGAGUAUCGUCAGUUUACCGCCAGACAGCAGCAUCACCUUGAUGAUGUAGCCGAACAACAACAGCAAACUCGCCAAUUUUGAUUUGGGACCAACGUGACUCAAUUCAGAGCUCACUGUGUGCUUGCUUUGUCCGGGACGUUAGCGCUGCCACACGACACUUCGGAUGAGUCUUGGAUAGUGCUCAGAGGAAUUUAGCCUAGAGUUCAUCACCGUUUUUGUAAUGCUUUUCUUUUACAACUAAUAUUACAAUCAGAAGCGUUGCUGAUCUUUACCGUGCCAAUUAUUUAGCUAAUGGGUCGUUUUAGUGGAUGUUCCUUCAUGAUUUCAGUGAGAAGAUGACUGCAUUUACUUUGCUCUGCUCGGUCGUGUGAUUGCAGUGGGAUAGCGGACGCUCACAUUCAACGCUGGACUGAGAUAGCAUAGUUGUUCUAAUCAAAUAUAAAGAUUGUUUUGUUUUUUAUCAGUCUCGUGCUUAUCUUUGAUGACAAUUGCCUAGCGCUGGCAUAAGUUUGAGUUGCCAUAGACCGCCAAAAGACACAGAACCUAAACGUCGUUUCAACUUCCAUUCGUUUUUUUGACAACAGUCUUGACGGAGGAAGAAUAUGCUGAUGAAGGAAUAUAGAAUAUGUAUGCCGCUCACUGUGGAAGAGUACAGGAUUGGCCAGCUGUAUAUGAUCAGCAAGCACAGCCAUGAGCAGAGUGAGCGUGGAGAAGGAGUGGAGGUGGUGCAGAACGAACCCUACGAGGACCCCACACAUGGACAGGGACAGUUCACAGAAAAACGGGUCUACCUCAACAAUAAGCUCCCUAGCUGGGCCAGGGCUGUGGUCCCUAAAAUCUUCUAUGUGACAGAGAAGGCCUGGAACUACUACCCCUACACCAUCACAGAGUACACUUGCUCCUUUCUGCCAAAGUUCUCCAUUCAUAUAGAGACCAAGUAUGAGGACAACAAAGGCAGCAAUGACAAUAUCUUUGACAGCGAGCCCAAAGGGGAGGAGGAGAUAGAGGUGUGCUUAGUGGAUAUCGCCUACGACGAGAUCCCAGAUCGCUACUACAAGGAGUCUGAGGACUUGCGGUACUUUAAAUCAGAGAAGACAGACCGGGGUGUUCUGCAGGAGGGCUGGAUCGACAACCAGGAACCCAUCAUGUGCUCCUACAAACUGGUGACAGUCAAGUUCGAGGUGUGGGGUCUUCAGACACGGGUGGAGCAGUUUGUACACAAGGUUAUCCGUGACGUCCUGCUCCUAGGACACAGACAAGCCUUUGCCUGGGUGGAUGAGUGGAUUGAAAUGACCAUGGACGAGGUGAGAGAGUACGAGCGGGCCACCCAGGAGGCCACCAACCGUAAGAUCGGCCCCUUCCCCCCAUCCAUCUCCAUCACCGAGACCCCCUUGGCCUCAGUGGCCCGCAACGGGCCCUCCAGCGCCCCCUCCACCCCCCUCUCCACGGAGCCUCCAGAGUACCUCUCCGUGCCCAAGGACCGACCCAGGAAGAAGUCAGCCCCAGAGACCUUGACCCUCCCCGAUCCCAAUCGCAGGGACUCAGGCUUCAGGCUGGCUAGCAUCUUCUCCUGGGGCUCAACCCCUAGCCCCCAGCCUGAAUGAGAGGGGGACCCAUAGGUGUGGUAUACACCUAUCUACAUUCAGGGAGUGGCCAUUUUGUCCCCUAGACAACUUAUGUAAAAGGGAGUGUUGUUCACAGACCUCCUGUAACUUGGUGGUGUGGUAAACGCCUCUCCACAGACAGUUGCUGGUAUCACCCUGAAGCCAGCCACUGUCACCAACUAACUGUGUCUUGGUCUGCUUUUGCAGAGAGAGAGUCAGUCUGAUCACCACGCAACACUUGGAGAGGAGUCUCAAGGCACACACCAAAUACAUGUACGUGCAAACACACACUCACGCACGCACGCACACACACACACACACACACACACACACACACACACACACACACACACACACACACACACACACACACACUGAGUGUCUUUUAAAAACCUCUUGAACCUCUCCAUUGGUCCCAUUAAAACACAGCAACCAGCACCAUCUACCAGCCAGAAAGCUCAUGUGGAGGUCAAUUAUAGUCUGAUUUAAUUUAGUUCACAUUCCUCUGAAUACUUUGCUUCUCUUCAGUGUCUCAGUCCUCUUUCAUCUCAGUUGAUACUGUAUCUCAGGGUUUGUUACCUAGAUACACAGAGAUCUGAUAAAUAGACUCUUCAAUCAACACACUCAAUCUUUCUUCAUAUGGAUAUAAAUGUGUGGGAUGAUCAAACUCAUUUCCUCCUCUCUCCUUGCAGUCAAGCCCUCUUAUUGGUUGGAAAUUGACGCCAUGUAAUUUCAGAUGUAAUUGUGUGUUGGUUGUUAUUCAUGGUUUGUUGUAGGUCGCUGUGAACAGAGUAAAACAGUGGAUUUCAGGAGAGUGUUAUUUUAUCCUGUUUUGUUUUGUAAAUAUGUAUAUUUAAGAGUUAUCUAUUGUAAAAAUGCUGAAUUCAUUGAUGUCUUUCAAUGCUAUGGAAUUGCUGUAAUCUCUGCAUUGGAGAGAGAGAGAAAGAGGUCUGUGUAGAGCUCUAAAGUGGAGGCGUUCUCUUUCUGAAUCUGAAUUCUGUUGGUAUGGUUUUGUUGGCCAUGGUGCCCUUUUAAAGACAUAUAGAAAAAUGCAUGGUCUGAAUAUCCAGCCUCUGCUUUUCUUUUAAACUGGGGAGAAAAUGUACCUUUGAAAUGUCUGUCUUCUAUACGGUAUGGGGCUUUUCCUUUGCUUGUUACAGACUACGACAGGACAAAACAUCUGAUCAAUGUUGUGAUUUGGCUUUUUGAUUUAAGUCAUGAAUUUGCAAUCAUGUUGUUGUUGUGUUUUAUAUCAAAUCAAUAAAUUAAAUAUUGCUCAAA